AGGAUAUCACAAUCUCGGGCUCAAUGUUAUCCUCGGCUGUGUAUAUCACAUUAAAAAGGCGACGAAGAUUACUGGAAAGUUGUCUGCCAGCAACAAACCCUGUCUGGUCAGGAUGUAUUAUCUUACUUAUAACAGGCCCAAUUCACUACGUGCACAUUAGCAUAUGCUACUUCCGGUAGCGUACUUCCUAUUGGGUGUCGAGCUUCCGGUAUCAACACGACUCGGCUGUCUAUGGCUGGAAUCCGGUAGCCCAAUGGCCGAAGCAAAUUUCUCAAGAUGUCUUGGACAUAUGCCGGCGAUAACAGUUGACGAUGUUCAUCGACUGGUCAGCAUUUUUUCACCCGCACCCCAAAGCAAACGAGAAAAGGGUUUUAUACUGUAUAUAUCGCAAUAUUUGCACAAUUUUGAAGGUGGUCCUAAAAGAUGUGCAGCCUGUGGAGCUCCUGCACUUCCACUGCACCUGUAAGGCUGGAAAGGCAUUGUGCAACCACGGUGUUGCACUUCUGUUUCAAGCUGCGCACUAUUCGCAGUUGAAACUCCAGGUUGUCCCCCCAACGUUGAGCUGCACUGAAGGGGAACAACAGUGGCAUAAGCCUAGAGUUAUGGGGAUAAAGCCGGGCCCUGUUGACAAGAUGGCUGUGAUCUCGGCCAAACCAAAAGCCAGAAAGACCACAGAGGGAGUGCGGAGCAAACUGUACAAAGGUCUUCAUGGGGAACUUCCUGACCUCUCAGUUCUUCGGGUGUCGGAGGUAUACAAAGACUUUGCUGCUGCUGACCGCCCUAUGAUCUGCAGCAUGGGGAUAACUGCAGAUAUUCCACUAGUGGACUCGCUGUUUGGAAAGGUUCAACAUGGAAGUCCCGUGUCGUACCAGCAACCUGCCAAAGACCAGGUAAAGGCUCUCCAUGAUGCCACACCCCCUCCAUCGUUGCCACUCCAGGCCUACAGACUUGAGCCAUCAGAGUGCAUGUUUGCGUGUUCCAGAAAACAACAACUGCACAUGCAAAGUCUUCAAGUCACCGAGGAUUUGGCCCAUAAGAUCGAAUGUGGUACCCGAGAGCAGAGCUUGUGUGCCGAUUGGUACAAUGUUCGGAAACCACGGGUGACAGCAUCUCGUUUCAGAGAAGUCUGUCAUGUGGGCAAGGCCUCUGAAGAGGGACUUGCGGAACGGAUUCUUAGAGGGAUACGGCAGACCGCAGCUAUGAAGAGGGGUUUGGAGUUGGAGGCUGAUGCAGUCUGGGAGUACUGCCAGAUAAAGAGAGUCAACCACUACAAAUGUGGGUUUGUAGUACACCCAGAUGCACCUUGGAUUGGUGCCUCGCCGGAUGGGGUUGUUUUUGACCCAUUAGAACAGCCGGAGUUUGGCCUUUUAGAGAUAAAAUGUCCCAACAUUUCUAAUUACAUAGACGCACCUUAUCUGAAGGUAAUAAGUGGUUCAGUGCAGCUCAAACCAACCCAUGCCUACUAUUGGCAAGUUCAGGGCCAACUGUUGGUCACAGGUAUGAGUUGGUGCGAUUUUGUUGUCUCUGCCCAAGAUGAUGUUUUCAUCCAGAGAAUCCAGAGGGAUGAGGGCAUGAUGCCAACAAUGAAGCGUGGGAUUGACAUGUUUUUCUUCAAUGUAUACAUGGACAAAUACCUGGCAGUGGCAUGAGUUGUUGAUUUCAUUUUAGCAGAUGACUCCUUUAAAUCUUAUGUGACUAAUGAUUAAGUUAAUUGUACAUGUUCAUUUGAAUGCUUUGUUUAUUGAAGGGCAAUCUCCUUUCUCUUUAUUUAAUUCCCCCCUAUCCCUUGAUUUUUCAAUAAAUGAUAACGUAUUCAAACAUUU